CAUAGUGUUACCUAUUAAAGUAAGCAGCUGAUUAAAUUGUAUAAUGAUUUAUAAUAAUAAUAUAAUGUUUUUUUGUAGGAUGGACAAUAUAAAACAAUAUGUCAUUGUUCAAAGUUUUAAUGAUAUUGUAUCAGUAAUACCACAAACCUGGCUUUUAAGUACAAAUGUUCCAUCAAUCGGGGAAGUCUGUGAAUGGCAUUGGCCUUUAGAAUCACCAAUUCUAAAAUCUGAACAUUAUGUUAAUGUUGAAAAUGAUUGGACUAAAAAAGUUGGACGAGUCUUAAACUUUGCUGAUUCCUGUAUAAAGGCCAAUUUUAUAGCGACUAUAGAACAUUUAAAACUAUACAAAUAUGUCAUUGUAGAGUUUCUUAAUGAACAAUCUGCCGAAGUUGUUCCGUGUAAAUGGAUUAUUUUUAAUGACAUCCUUCAACAAUUUAUUUGUCAGUGGCCUGGAAGUGGAAAUAUUUCAAAAUAUGUCAUAGCCCAAAAACAGCCUCUUGUAACUUGGGAAGUGUACGAUUGUAUACCUCGAAAGUUUUAUGAAACGUACAAUGAAGCAAAAUCAAAACUAUCUUCAUUUUGCGACACAAGCACUACUGAAUUGGAGGAUACUCAUAGAAAACGUAGGUAUUCCAAAUAAGAAUUUCAAUUCUGGUUCAGAAUAAUUGUCAAAUGUGGCCCCAAAACGUAA